AUGGCUAAUAACACGAGCAUUCUUUUGCUUCCAGGCUCAUUCAUGCCCGAGACAGUCUAUCAAGAUGUCUUAGAUGCCGUGGCCAUGAGAGGAAUUGAUAUUCGUUUUCUUCCACUUACGUCCGGGAGUCUCGGAUCAGACGAUCACAGAGAGCCGCCGAAUAUGUUCGAUGAUGCCGCAGCAAUAUCGCAAGAGGUCGAGAAAUUGGCAGAUCAAGGCAAGGACGUCAUCGCUGUCUCGUCGUCGUAUUCUACCGUUCCUUUGACACAGAGUUGCAAAGGACUUAGCAAGGCGGAGAGAGAAGAGGGUGGCAAGAGCGGGGGCCUGGUCAAGAUCGGCUUCAUGCCGUCUGUGAUACCUGAAAUGGGACAGGCCGCAUGUGAGGUCUUGGCCGAUGUCCCAAGAGAAAAUAUAGUCCCCAUGAAGGGAGAUCUAAUCGGCGUCUCGUUCAUGCAGACUUCUGGGUGGUUGGAGAUGGACCCAGAUCACUAUGCUCAUAUCGGAUCCCUGAUCUUUUCGAAUCUCUCGACGGAUGAGCAGGUUGUUUGGGCAAGCAAGACGCGCCCGCACUCGUCAAAGGUCUUUCGCGACAAGGUGACCUUUCUCAGCUACACGCUUCCUGGCGUGGACCUUGCAUUCCUCUCAUGCGACAACGACAAGUUAAUUUCGCAAAAUGAUCAGAAACUCGCAAUUGACAGACUAAAAAGGGCUUCUGGAAAGACGGUGGAUGUCACCUUCGUUUCGGGGGAUCAUACUCCCGCUCUCUCCGCACCCAGCGAGGUGGUGGAGUGGUUUGUAAAGAUUUCUGAUAUCUAA